AUGAUCACCGCCGCCGCCCCUUUCCUCCUCAAGCCGCAUUUCCCCGUAAUUCCUCGUGCCGCCCGCUCGGUUUCAACGCCGAAGCCAAAAAAUUUCCGGUGUCUGAGCUUUUCCCGGCCAGUAUCUUCGAGACGCGACUUCCGGGCCUGGGCGGACGACGGAGAUGCAGACGGAGAUGGUCCGGAUGACUACGAAAUUUACGGGGACGAGGUUGAUGAUAAGAAUGACUUCGACAUCGAUUACGACACUGGCACUGCGCUCGUCGCCGCCGAAGGCGACGACGGCAACAUUCCAUUGGUGCACAGCAGCAGCUUCGUGUCGACUCAGGGUUGGGAAUCCGAGAAAAUCGUGGAUUACCGGAUAAACGAGGACGAGUUCCAUAAGAUUUGUCUGCUGGAUUGUGAUUUUUUCAUCCGGAAGCCGCCUGACCCGGACAACGACGUGUACGAUUUUAGGGAGAUGUAUGUAACGCCUCCAGACACUGAUGUGUACGCUAUUCCCAAGGUUCUUGCGCCUAUGCCUCAGAAAUAUAUUCGGUGUGCGCAGAGUGAUUAUGGCCGGUACAAUGUGACAGAGCCUCCAGUUGACGCACUCAGAGAUCCCUUGUACAAAUCAGAGAGACAAAUAUUUAAGGUUUUCCUGAAAAAACACUACAAGAAUCGCCGGGUGCGAGAUCCGGAUUUUGUGUUGGAUUUUGAGGAAAUUUAUGUAAUUGAUUCGAAAACUAAAUCAAUCACGAGGGCGAAAGUUGUGGUGGCAGUACCGGAAGGUAAAGACCGAGAAAGAAGGAAUGAUUUGCUGGUCGUUCGUGAUAACGGCAACUCUUUCAAAAUAAUUCCCUCGGAAGAACGAGACGACCCAACUACGGUCAUCCAGAAGGAAGAAUGGACCAAAAGUAGGGAAGAUAUGGAAAAGCAUCUCAGGAAGCUUCGUGAUUUCGAUGUCUCGAAUUGGUUCUAA